AGCUGGUUAUUCUGAAAAGAAAGAAUAUUAUUCAGAUGAAGAUGAUCAAAAUAUUAAAGAAAGAAAUCGGGCAUCACAACGUUGUGGUUGUCCAUUUUAUAUUUGUGCUUCUUUAAAUGAUAAUAAUGAAGAUGUAAAACAAAAAAUAGAAUUGUUACGUCGUGCUGGUGUAGAUGUUCCAACAAUACGUUCAAUUCUUAAUGAAGAAUUUGGUACUCAUGUUACAUGGAUGUACAAUGAUAUCUAUAAUUUUGUUUAUCAAUUAGAAAGUUCUAAUUCAGGAAAAAAAGAAUUUGAAGCAGAAGAAUUUAUCAAUGUAUUAGAACAAAUUAAAAAUAAUAAUGAUGAAUUUCAAUAUUAUACAUAUAUCAAUGAUGAUACAAGAAGAUUGGAAAGAAUUAUUUGGAUGUUUCCUGAACAGCGUAUAAAUUACAGUAGAUUUUAUGACAUUGUUAUAUAUGAUAAUACUUAUAAAACCAAUCGUUUUCAUAUGCCAUUUGGAGUUUUUACUGGAGUAAACAAUUAUGGAUAUAGUAUAUGUUUUGCAGGUGCGUUAAUGAUAAAUGAAACAGAAGAAAAUUUUAUUUGGGUUUUUAAUAAUUUUUUAAAAAUGGUUAAUCAAAAUGCUCCAUUAGUUAUACUUACUGAUGACGAUCGUGCAAUGGCAAAUGCUUACACAAAAAUUUUGAAACCAUUGGCAUUUGUUAAAGAUUUUUAUAAGUGUCUUGGAGAAUUAGAUAUUUCUGAUUUUCUUACACAAUGGGAAAUAUUAAAAGCACUUUAUCCACCUGCAUCAAGUUAUUUAUUACGUAUGGAAACAACAAAAGAAAAAUGGGCUGCAUGUUAUAAUCUUGAUACAUUUAUGGCAGACAUGAAUACAACACAACGUGGAGAAUCUAUGAAUAAUAUGCUCAAAGGUUAUUUGGAUGCUAGUACAUCUCUUAUAACAUUUCUUAAUGCUUUUCAAUCAGCUUUAGAAGUUCAAAAAGAAAAAACUGAAUUUACUAUAUAUCGCCAAAAUAAUUAUAAUAUUUUAUAUAAGACUACCAAUCCUCAUGAAUUUCAGUGUGCAUCAAUUUUAACUUCUUAUUCUUAUAAAAAAACCCAAGAACAAUUAUUGCAAUCAUCUAAUUAUAAAUUCAAUCAAUUGAAAAAAUUUUCAUUGUACAAAGGCAUGAAUGAGAAACAAAUGGACGAAUUGCAUAUUUUUAGAACUGCAACACAACUUAAUUUAACAGAAUUACCACUUAGUAUUUUUUACGAACGUUGGAGAAAAGAUCCUAGCGAAGAAAAACUUAUUAAAAAUUAUAUUACUUUUACAACUUCUACUACUGGUUCUUCGAAUAUUCCAAAUUCAAAUUUGCAACAAUUACAACAAUUAUCUAAUAACGAAUUUGAUAAUUAUGAAUAUAUGCUUACACGAUUGUUACAAAAAGUGAAAAGAUUU